AUGGCCCAAUCUGAAUCUGACGAGCCCGUCCCUGUCCCUAUCCCUACGACUACCCCUAUCUACGGCCGAAGGCUCGUGGCCAGCAUCAUCGAUGCGCGUGCCAUUGAACAUCCUACCCAAGUAUUCGCUUCUGUGCCGCGAACGUCCAACCCGGCCGAGGGAUUCGAUGAUAUCAGCUAUGGCCAGUUUGCCAAUGCAAUCAACCGGUGCUCGUGGUGGAUCGAGGAGAAUCUGGGCCGAGGGGUCAACUUUGAGACCCUGGUCUAUCUGGGCCCCAAUGACCUCCGCUUCUCCAUCAUCACCAUGGCCGCAGUGAAGACGGGCUACAAGGCCAUGUUCCUUUCCCCUCGCAACAGCCUGGCGGGACAUCUGUCCCUUCUUGCUGCAGGAGAAUGCCGCCGACUCCUGACGGCACGAGAGGCGCCCCGGGUCGUCGAGGAGCUAUGCAGUCACCGACCGAUGCAGAGGCUGGUCGUGCCCGACCUGGAAAGCCUGUUGUCAGGGACCGGAACCGCACCUCUUUACCCCUACACGCGAACAUUUGCCCAGGCUCAGCAUGACCCCUUUGUCGCCCUUCACACAUCGGGAUCAACGGACCUGCCCAAGCUGAUCACCAUUACUCACGGGACGAUUGCGGCCAUCGACGCUCUUCAGCGGCUCCCCUUCGAAGGCUCUCCACCGACCGUGCUGACCUUGUUUCAAGGGAAGCGUGUCUUCGUGCCUUUCCCGUCUUUCCACGCCGCUGGCCUCUACAUCAGUCUGCCGCUGGCGGUGUUUUGCGACUUCCAAGUCGUGGUUCCACCCUCGACCGUGCCCCUGACGGCCGAGGUGGCCGACGCAGUGCAUGUCCAUGGAAACGUCCAAGGAACCAUUCUCCCCGCGUCGGUGCUGACGGAUAUCACCAACACGCCGACCGCGUUGGACCAUCUCCGGGCCCUGGACUUCGUGGGGUUUGGCGGCUCUCCGCUGCCGAAACAGGUCGGUGAUGCGGUCAAGGCCGUUUCCAGGCCGCUCAACUGGCUCGGCGCCACCGAGCUCUGCUUCACUCCCGCAGAGGUCAUUGCGCCGGAUGAUUGGGAGUAUAUGAAAUUCAGUCCAAUUAUGGGUGCCGAGUUUCGGCCCUGCGGCGGUGGUGGCGAUAGUGGCGGUAGUGGUGGUGGUGAUGAUGGUGGUGAUGAUGGUGGUGAUGAUGGUGGUGAUGAUGGUGGUGAUGGUAACGAUGAUCUGUACGAACUCGUGAUUGUUCGCGACACCAAGCUGGAGCCAUACCAAGGAAUCUUCCAGACUUUCCCCCACUUACAGGAGUAUUCCAUGAAGGACCUAUACUCCAAACAUCCUUCGACCCCGGGCCUGUGGCGAUAUCAGGGCCGAGCAGACGACAUGAUCGUGUUGGCCAACGGCGAGAAAUUCAACCCGGUCCCCAUGGAACAAAUCAUUGAAUCCGACCCACAUGUCAGAUCUGCCCUGGUUCUGGGCAACCAACGCUUCCAGCCUGCAUUGUUGAUCGAACCCACGACCACGACCACGACCACGACCACGGCGCAUGGAGAUGGAGGAGAUAGGGAUUUCUCGAAACCAUUGGAGUCGGAGUCGGACUGGGUGGCCAAGGUGCUGGAACGGGCUAAUGAGACCAGCGUUGCUCAUGGCAAGAUAUCCAAGGAUCUCGUCAUCUUCACCUCGCCAGAGAAGCCGAUGCUGCGCGCCGGCAAAGGCACUGUUCAGCGCAAGCUGACCCUCCAGCUGUAUCGGCAAGAAAUUGAUGAGCUGUACAGAUCAGCAGACGUAGACCACGCCGGGUCCGCACAAGCAACCGACAACGACAACGACACUCUCACUCUUCGUCUGGACUCGGUGGACGACCUAUGUUCAUCACUCAAGGCACUGUUCAACAAAACCACCGGCAUCGACCUCGACCUCGACCUCGACCUCAAGGAUAAGGAUAAGUAUAAGGAUACCAAUGCCAAUGCCAAUGCCAACAGUGAUCUUGAUCUUUUUGGCCUGGGAAUGGAUUCCCUGCAAGUCAUGAACAUGGUCCGGACGCUCAACCGCGCUCAGUCAAGAAUCACAUUCACUCCAAAGACAAUCUACGCCAAUCCCACCAUCAGGAAGCUAGCCCAUGUCGUCCAUUCAGCCGGUGGGCAUGGCCCAUCGCCAUCCCCAUCCGGAUUCCUGCCACCAACGCCAGCCCACAACCGAGACAGAGUACUUGAGAUGCAAAGGCUUUUUGCCUCGACCUCUCUCGACCUUCCGAUCAGUGCAAGACCACCGUCACCGUCACCGUUUCCCUUUUCGUUUUCAAGAGGGAGGGGAACCAAAAACAAGAUGAAAGUCAUCUUGACCGGCUCGACCGGGUCGUUGGGGACGUAUCUGCUCAUGGAGCUCAUCCACGACUCCAGUGUGGAGAAGGUAUAUUGUCUCAACCGAUCGUCGGACGCCGAGCAACGACAGAAGACCAUCAUUGCGCAGAAAGGGCUCGGACCCGCAGCGACUGAGAAGCUCCUGGCGGAGAAGGUGGAAUUUCUGCAAUGUGAUUUGUCCAAGACGCAUCUCGGGCUGAGUGUGUCCCGGUACUGUGAAUUGCUGGCGGAGGUGACUCACGUCGUACACAAUGCGUGGGAGGUCGACUUCAAUCUGCGGCUGGAAUCGUUCGCCACGACCCAUGUUCGAGGCGUGCGGCGGCUGGUGGAUUUCUCGGCCCAUUCCCUGCGCGGCGCGUGCAUCUUCUUCAUCUCCAGCAGGGGGGCGGUUGCUCGGUGGAACGCCAAGUACGUCGGCGCCGUGCCCGAGUCGGUCGUUGGCGACUGGGACGUGGCCGAAUCCAUCGGCUAUGCCGAGUCCAAGUACGUGGCGGAGCGCAUCCUCCACGAAGCGCGCAGAGUGGCCGGGGUCCCGUCGGCCAUCUGCCGGCUAGGUCAGAUCGCCGGGCCGGUCGGGAAGGUCGGAGUUGGGUUGUGGAAUCAACAAGAAUGGCUGCCGUCGUUGAUCGCCAGCUCCAAAUAUCUCGGCAAGCUGCCCGCGUCACUGGGGGCCUUGGAUCUGGUCGAUUGGAUUCCCGUCGACAUCAUGGCUCGCAUCAUCGUCGACUUGGUGCAACGCUGCCGCCCGGGCCAACAUGAGAUUGCGCCUUGUGUUCAGGAUGAGGAGGGAGUUCAGGAUCAGGCGACCACCUGUCAAAAGAGCACCACCUGUCAGGAGAAAGGGAGCACCACCUGCCAAGGGAAAGGUGGUGGGAGCUAUGCAUGUUCAUGUGCUGCCGCAGACGUCUUCCACGCGGUGAACCCUUGUCCCGUUUCGUGGAAGAUUCUCCAGCCCACCAUCCAAGCGUGUGUCGAAUCCUCGCUGGAGAUUGUGCCGUAUGGGGAAUGGCUCAGUGCCCUCCGCUCCAGCUGUCAGGAUCGGGAGGGAAACAUGGACAUGGCGAUAGAGGACAUUGGGCGAAACCCAGCAGUCAAACUCCUCGACUUUUUCGACCAGCUCCAGCACGCUGCGCCUCAGCCUCGUCUGCAGACCGGUCAGACGGUGCGGAAGAGUGAAACGCUGGCCGGGCUGGGGCCGGUCACGCCGGCGUGGAUGGAAACGUGGAUGGAGCAGUGGAAAUGA